CCCCAGGCUGGGACUCAAACCAGGGACCUUCUUGCUGCAAGGCAGCAGCAUUAACCACUGCUCUGGUUUGGUUUUGUGUCUCUUGUCCUAAGAGCCCAGAUCAGAUGUUAGUGUGGAAAAAGGUGGUAAAAAGUUCAGCACUGACGCACGUAGAAAGUGCUUGACUGCUCUGUUCUCAAAGGAAAUCCCACUGACUCAUAAUAGGGAGCUGAAAGUCCCCGGCAUGCCAACCGACAGCGGAUGUUACUGUGACUAUAACCUCUGAACACACAACACAACCAGCAGACAUGGACUACAGCGGCACCUGGCAGGUCUAUUCUGAGGAGAACCUGGAGGAGUUCCUGAAAGUCAUCGGGGCUCCUGAGAUCGUCGUGAAGAUGCGUAAGGACGUGAAACCGGUGAUGGUGAUCGAGCAGAACGGCUGGGACUUGACCUGCACCAUGAAGACUCCGUUCUGCAGCAGGGUCAACGUCUUCACCAUCGGCAAAGAGUCGGAAAUCUGCUCUGUGGAUGGCAGGAAGUUGAAGUGCACCGUCAGGGAAGAGAAGGGCAAGCUGAUCUGUGAGACCAACAAGUUCACGUCCGUCCGAGAGAUCCAAGGCGACGAGAUGAUCGAGACGGCCACAGCUGGAUCUGUAACUUUCAUCAGCAGAAGCAAACGAGCCUGAGCCGCACACGGACGACCGGAUUCAUCUCUGGACUCUUCACGUUAAAGCCGUGCUCCUUAAU